AUGCGUCUCAUAGACACAAGAACACUCGAGCUCGGAUGGUUCAAUGACAAUGAGAUCCCUACCUACGCGAUUCUCUCCCACACGUGGGGUCCGGACGAAGUCAGCCACCAAGAAUAUGUUUGGAUCAACAGAGCCCGCGCACUCUCAGCAUCAUCGUUGCCAGCCUCUUUAUCGCAGAACGAGCAAACAUAUCUCAUGUUGGCCCUGGAAAUGAUGAUCCGAGGAAACUCUGGGGCGUUGUCAGGUACCAUAUCGGAAAGCGAUCUCAUGAAGCGUGUAGGCUACAGCAAAAUCAUCAAUGCAGCCGAGCAAGCGCGAGGCCAGGGCUGCAACUAUCUUUGGGUAGAUACAUGCUGCAUAGACAAAACGUCAAGCGCUGAACUGCAAGAAGCCAUAAAUUCCAUGUAUCGCUGGUAUAGGGACGCAGAAGUGUGCAUCGUGUAUCUUAGCGACAUUGCCAAAAACCACGGCGACUUCAGGACCGCCUCAGAAAUCGCGAGAUGUGCUUUUGCGAAUAGCAGAUGGACGCAACGCGGAUGGACUCUUCAAGAGCUCAUAGCGCCUGUUGUAUGCCGCUUCUACCUCCAGGAUUGGACAUUGAUGGGGGAGAAGGUCGAGUUUUUGAAAGAGCUUUCGGAUGUGACUAACAUACCGAUCCAUAUUCUUGAGGAUUCCAGAUCACUUUGUGAAGUCUCAGUGGCAGAAAGGAUGUCUUGGGCUGCGCAUCGUCAGAGCACGCGCAUCGAGGACGUAGCAUAUAGCUUACUUGGUAUCUUCGGUAUCCACAUGCCGCUUUUGUACGGGGAAGGCGAAAAGGCCUUCAUUCGGCUACAGGAAGAGGUACUCAAAACGACCGACGACUACUCGCUGUUCUCGUGGCGCGCAAAUGAGUCACGACAGUCCACAUACCGGGGCUUGCUUGCACGGAGUCCGUCUGAGUUCCAGCACUGUCAUUCUAUCGAGCGUGAGAGCGUCAUGUCCACCUUUCCCAUCGCCUCGACACCCAUAGGUCUCUGUGUCCAGCUUGAGUUCCUACCUGAUGCAAAUGACAAGAGCCGUGUACUGGCUAUGAUCCGGUCAAGCAAUUCAAUGAGCCAGCGCUUAGCCAUCACAUUGAAAUGUCUGGAUGACGGCAUGCAAUACGCACGUGUUGAUGCUGGAACCCUCACUGCAAUCGAUGACUGGCCAACAGGCCAACUAAAGACCAUCUACAUACGACAGAAACUCUCCAUCCCCCCAAGUUUCACAACCACAGACUUCAAAAGCUUCCACAUCCAACGUCGCAUAUCAAAUCAAAUCACACCAGCAGUCCGCAUAAUCAGCGUCACACCCCGCGCUGCCUGGGACGAGGCUUCUCACGAACUCCGCAUCCCCGAAAACGUCACCGAGUUCUGGGGCGCCCUCCUCCUCCGCGUCCAGUCAGCCACAUAUGCGCAUUCCCUCAACUACCCAGUCGCCUUUGGCUUCAACCGCGCAACCAGCCACUACUGGUGCAAAGCCGUCUCCGUACCACAACAAUCGCAGAACGGCUACUCAAUCGGAACGUGGCCUCAAGCUGUCAAAACGCGCAUCCCAGACUACGUGUACGACCCGCUGCGCGGCAACGACGUGCGAAGCGACAUGUUUCUCGUCGGAGACAGCGACUUGGCUAUCAACAUAAGCAUUAGCGCUGGUUUAUGUGGCGAUGAUAUCGCACUGAAAGUUUACAUCGAUGGACUGGUGCAAUGGCAAUGA